CAAAAGGGAAAAAAACAGGUUUGCUAAUUAGCCUAAUGUAAAAAGUUGAUUAUUAUUUAUCAUAUACUGUUUGAUUUGUACAUAUACUGGGUUGGCAAUAAACCAUUUUUGUUAAGUUCCUCAAAUGUAUCACUGUAGCUCAGACUAUGACUUUAAUGCAGUGAAAUUCGCCAUAAAUAAUUCGUUGACUGUUUUAAGAUGGCAGCCGUCAUAGCAAUGGUUGCUCGGACUACUCUAGUGUAUUUGAUUGGACGGGUGGCCUUGCCUCAGUAGUUGCGGCGCAUAGUCUGUGCAGUGUAAUCAGGCUAAUCAUCUUGGCAAUUUAUUCCACUUUCUCAUCAACUCGUAGCUUAAAAAGUACACAAAAAACAUCUCAAUUGCUUGAAAAUGUCGGGAGAGUCGUGGGCGCUUGCAGUGGAUGUCCAAGAAUCCACAACUGAACCGAUAAAGUUUGCCGAGAAAGGCAACCGACGUAGUCACUCACCCACUCUGAGACCUGAUCUAAAUGGAAACCUCAUCACGUGCAGGUCUUCAGGCACAGAAGAUGUCAAACGUAGGAGCAGUGGAGAUGUGGAGGCGGCGGAAAAUAAGGCCGAUUUGGCUGAGCGGAGUUUGUUGAAUAAAAUGAUCAGAACCAGUUUGGUGAGGAACAGGAACCAGGUGGAGGUGCUGCAGAGGGACCCCAACUCCCCACUGUUCUCUGUGAAGACGUUUGAGGAGCUCCGACUAAAACCUGAACUUCUUAAGGGGAUCUACAACAUGGGCUUCAACCGACCAUCUCGAAUCCAAGAGAACGCUCUGCCCAUGAUGCUGGCACAACCUCCACAGAAUCUAAUUGCUCAAUCACAGUCUGGAACAGGAAAAACUGCAGCCUUUUCCCUGGCAAUGCUCAGCCACAUCAACCCAGCCAACAAGUGGACACAGUGCCUGUGCCUCGCUCCCACAUAUGAGCUGGCUCUUCAGAUCGGUCAAGUGAUUGAGCAGAUGGGGAAGUUUUAUCCUGAGGUCAAACUGGCGUAUGCUGUUAGAGGCAACCGAAUGGCUCGGCGUGUGGCGCUGCAGGAGCAGAUAGUGAUUGGGACCCCGGGCACACUGCUCGAUUGGUGCACCAAAUACAGAAUGAUCGACCCAAUGAAGGUUUCUGUGUUUGUGCUGGACGAGGCUGACGUGAUGAUCGCCACACAGGGCCACCAGGACCAGAGCAUACGCCUACACCGACUCCUACCACAUGGCUGUCAAAUGCUUCUAUUUUCUGCCACCUUUGAAGACUCUGUAUGGAGGUUUGCAGAGCGCGUGGUCCCUGAACCCAACAUCAUCCGACUGAAGCGCGAGGAGGAGACGUUGGAUACAAUCAAACAGUUCUAUGUGAUUUGCACCGAGAAGGAGGACAAGUUCACCGCCCUGUGUAACCUGUACGCCUGCCUCACCAUUGCACAGGCCAUGAUCUUUUGCCAUACCCGUAGGAUGGCUGCUUGGUUGACAAAACAGUUGAUUGAGGAGGGUCACAAGGUGGCGCUGCUGAGUGGUGAAAUGACAGUGGACCAAAGAGCUGCUGUCAUCCAGAGAUUCAGGAAUGGCAUCGAGAAAGUCCUUGUCACGACCAAUGUGUGCUCCAGAGGUAUCGAUGUGGAGCAGGUGUCCAUUGUGGUGAACUUUGACCUCCCGAUGGACCUGGACGGAAACGCAGAUAACGAGACGUAUCUUCACCGGAUUGGCCGCACGGGACGCUUUGGCAAAAGGGGCUUCGCUGUGAACAUGGUGGACAGUCAACACAGCAUGGACCUGCUGCACCAGAUAGAGAUACACUUCAACCGCAAAAUUACAAAACUCGACACUGAAAAUCUGGAGGAAAUGGAGAAGCUGUUUCAGUGAGGGGUUUGCCUCUGAAGCGGCAAACGCGAGCCUUCCUUUUGUUUAAAUUGUUGUUUGAUUUUCUGUGUGAAUAUGAUUGAGUUAAACUUUUAAAAAAUCCUGUAUUUUCUGUACUCUUUUUGUUCAAAUAAAGAGUACACUGUGUUGUCUU